CUUGGCGCCCCCUCCUUCCUUCCCCUUAUUUGUACUACAGGACUACAGGUAGUUAGAUAGAUCUCUUCAUCUUCUUGUGCACAUUCUCAAUUCCGAAAUGGGGAAGCAAACCAGAUCUAGGAAAUCGGACAACGUAAUCGGCAAAGGCAAGGUCACUCCGGUUCAAGUGGCCUUCAUCGUUGACAGAUACCUCUCCGAUAACAACUUCGUUCGAACCAGAUCCACAUUUCGAACCGAGGCUUCUCAUCUCAUCUCCAAGUCCCCCGUGAACGAGGCCCCCAAGAGCCUCUUGAGUCUGGGGGAUAUGUUGGACGAGUAUAUCUGUUUAAAGGAGCAGAAGGUGUUGUUAAAUCAAGAGAAACUUCGAUUAGACCAGGAGAAGUUUCGGGUCCAAACCUUGCUCCGAGGAAUGCAGGAUGCUAUGAAUGCUUAUACUUCCACUUCUACUUCCACUGCUGCUCCUCUCCCAUCUCCUUCUAUGCUCAGGCCCCCCCUUCUCUCAUCAGUGAACAACACCCCAGUCAUGAUGUCAACCUCCAAACCUCUAUCAGAAUCCACUAAUUUCUCAACUCCAACUACAAGCCAACCAGCCUUAAAGAAGAGAAGGGGGCAGAAUGCCCCUGCUGCUCCAUCAACUUCAAAGCGAACUCGCACCCAACAAUUAGUCAAGUCUUCUGCUUCUGUCAAACCACCUGCCAUAACAUCAAAUAGUCAACAACAAAUCACUCCCGUUCCAUCAAACACCACACCUACUGAUCUGUCACCGGUUCAAGGUUCUAGCGUUGCCAAGUGUCUUUUCAAUCCUGGUCCUCAAACACCCUCUCCUUCUCCAACCGUCUCCCCAAUUGGGGAUAACCAGACUCCGCCUUCAAGUAACAAGAAAACAGUCACACCCCAGCAAUUUACAUCCACUAACCGUACUGUUAUUACAUCCGAGACGAUUCAAGUGAGUCCUAUGAAGCAAGUGUCGGUCUAUUCAAUUGAGAGGAAUCAUUGCAUUACAUCUCCGUUGAAAACAAGUUCGAAAAGGUUUAGCACCAGCAGGGAUCAUGUUAAAGGAAGGCUGGAUUUUGAUACUUCUGAAACGGUGGCAGAGCCGUUGACUUCUGAUGGGAAUACGGAGUCUCCUUCUGAAGAGGACGCAUUUGACUUUGACUUGCCUAAUUUAGAUUGUUUAGGGGCAGAUUUCAAUCUGACUGAUUUGUUGGGUGAUUUUGAUCUUGACUUCUGCCAGCCGGAUAAUGGAUCUUCUCCUGAGUGCCUUUCAGGAUCACCGGACACAAUGGUGGAUGACAGCACAGGUGGUCAUGAACUUCUUUCGGGAAUGUCUUCUAUGGUGACAGAAAUCCGAUCUGAGCAAGACAUGAAUACUGCAGGUGCAGGGCCUAAUUCGGUGACAUCAGUGAAGUCUGUAACAAAAUGCAUCAAAGUGUUUAGUCCUGUGAAAAGCCGUAAUCCUUGAUGACCAGAUGUGGAUCAAGUGACAAGAACAACUUGCUAACAUGGUGAUAGUACAACUUACUGCCAUUAAUUAGUCCAAUGUAGAAAUGUUGUUUUCUUCUUUGUGAUUAGACAGACUAAAAAUAUACCAAUCUCACAUUUCAUUGAUUGAUCAUCUUUCUAGUUGACUUGGAAUGGAAUAUAAUGCUUAUUUCUUAA